UCGCGAAUGCUUAGCGAUUGCUUCUGUCUGUAGUGUAGGUAUGGCUCCCGCUAGGAAACCGGGAGGCGGCGGUAACCCGGGUCGGGGUCUCGCUCUGUGCUGACCGCGACCCAGGGCCGAGUGGGCUAUGGGGGAUCCUGGCUCCCUGGUCACGGAAGGCCGCGCUGAUGACCGGAGCUGGUGCUUGCGGCGUGUGGGGAUGAACGCCGAGUGGCUGCUGCUGGAGGAUGGAAACGAGGUGACUGUAGGGCGAGGAUUUGGUGUCACAUACCAGUUGGUAUCAAAAAUCUGCCCUCUGAUGAUUUCCCGAAACCACUGUAUUUUGAAGCAGAAUGCCGAGGGCCAAUGGACAAUUAUGGACAAUAAGAGUCUGAAUGGUGUUUGGCUGAACAGAGAACGUCUAGAACCUUUAAAGGUCUAUUCUAUCCAUAAUGGAGAUCACAUCCAGCUUGGGGUGCCUCUGGAAAAUAAGGAGAAUGCAGAGUAUGAAUAUGAAGUUACUGAAGAAGACUGGGAGAGGAUUUAUCCUUGUCUUUCCCCAAAAAGUGACCAGAUGAUGGAAAAAAAUAAGGGCUUGAGAGCUAAAAGGAAAUUUAGUUUGAAUGAAUUAGAGGGUUCUGGAGCUGAAGGCCCCUCAAAUUUGAAAUCCAAAAUAAGUAAAGUGUCUUGUGAACCUGGUCAGCCAGUGAAGUCACAUGGGAAAGUUGAAGUGGCUAGUCAACCUUCUGAAUAUUUGGAUCCUAAGUUGACUUCUCUUCAGCUAAGUGGGAAGACCACAGGGGCUCAUGUUGACCCAGGCCCUGCAAAAGUUGUAGAGCUUCAUCAUAAGAAGCAGAAAGCCUCAAAUCCUUCAGCAUCUCAGAGCCGCUUAGAGCUGUUUAAGGUAACGAUGUCCAGGAUUCUAAAGCUGAAAACACAGUUGCAGGAAAAGCAGGUAGCUGUUCUGAAUGUGAAAAAGCAGACCCAAAAAGGGAACUCAAAGAAAAUUGUGAAAAUGGAGCAGGAACUGCAAGAUUUACAGUCCCAGCUGUGUGAAGAGCAGGCCCAACAGCAGGCCAGAGUGGAGCAGCUGGAGAAGACUUUCCAGGAAGAGCAGCAGCAUCUCCAGCGUUUGGAGAAAGAGCAAGGAGAAGAGGACCUGAAGCAACAGCUGGCCCAGACUCUGCAGGAGCAUCGGGCUCUGAUGGAAGAGCUAAAUCGCAGCAAGAAGGACUUUGAAGCAAUCAUUCAAGCCAAGAACAAAGAAUUGGAGCAGACCAAGGAAGAGAAGGCGAAGGUGCAAGCACAGAAGGAGGAAGUUCUUAGCCAUGUGAAUGACGUGCUAGAGAAUGAGCUCCAGUGUAUUAUUUGUUCAGAAUACUUCAUUGAGGCUGUCACCUUGAACUGUGCACAUAGUUUCUGCUCCUACUGUAUCAGUGAGUGGAUGAAGCGGAAGAUAGAAUGCCCCAUUUGUCGGAAGGACAUCAAGUCGAAAACCCACUCCCUGGUUCUAGACAAUUGCAUUAAUAAGAUGGUAGAUAAUCUGAGCUCGGAAGUGAAAGAACGACGAAUUGUCCUCAUCAGGGAACGAAAAGCAAAGAGACUGUCCUGAAGACCGUGCUCCAAGGACAUUUGAAAAACUGCCAGGCGGUGGGAACUUGGGAUGGUCUGGAGGAUUCUCUAUGGACAGGCGUGGGGCCACUCUGAGACAGAGCAUGGGAUAGAGCCACGUGGGACAGAGACUGAGUUAGGAAGUCCUCCGUCACGACCCUCCAUGUUGGCCAUCCCUGCUGCCACCAUUGUCUGAAGCACCGACUGCUUCAGAGUACUUAAGAGACUCUGCUUCACUACACUGAACAGGUUAUGUAUUUCUGUUGUGCUUUUUAAAUUUGUUGUUGUUGUUGUUGUUGUUUUGGUACCUCAGAAGCACCUCUGUUGAUAUAUGUUUUGGGCAGGUUGGGUGUAUCCCUAUGGCUGCCCCUGAAGGCGAAGGCAGCCUCUCUUUGAGAGGAUGGCAUACCUCUUCUUUGUGAAAACAAUGUCAUUUCCUGGAAAUAAAAUGUAAAACCUA